AUGAAUGUAAAAACAUCAGAAGAUGUUUACAAUUUUGCGAAAGACUGUUUAAAAAUAAAAGAAGAAAUAGAUAAUAGCACGAAGCAGGUCCCCAAAAAAGAAGAAGAAGAAGAAAAAAAAAAAAACACAUGUAAAUGGGGGAACAACUCAACCAAGUACAAUUCUGAUUAUUCAAAGUUUGAAAGAUGCCUUGAAGAAAUCGAGGAAAAUGACGAACUGGAGCAGGAGCAUCAGCACCAGCAGCAGAAGAAUCAACAGAACAAACAACAUCUCCUAAGUAGUAGGAACCCAUGUACCCAUGACCACUCCAAAGAAAGACAACUAUAUGAGAAAGAAUCCAAGGAAAAAAUAAAAGCUUCCAACGCGUUUAAUGAAGAAGGGAAGAAAGCGUUUUACGAAAAAAAUUACAAACUCGCAUGCGUUUACUUUCGAAAGGGGCUCAUACAGUUGGAUUACUCCUUCCCUGACACAGACCAAGAACAGCAGGAACAGAACAGACUAGAAAUUAACUUACAUUUGAAUCUGGCCAUAACCAAGUUUCACAUGUCCAAUUAUCAUGAGUGCAUCAGUGAAUGCUCCACGGUUCUCAACUUAGACAAGAAGAACGCAAAGGCGUACUACCGAAAGGGACAGGCCUACAUGAGCCUAGACAUGUAUAGCGAAGCGAAGAAGGAAUUUUUAAAGGUGCUGGAAAUAAACCCCGGAGAUAAUGACGCGAAAAGAUCGCUACUGACUUUGAAAAAUAAAAUAGCCAAUUAUACCAAGAGGGAGAAAUUAGUGUGCUCUAAGCUUUUUCCUUCUAGUGGAAAAGAUAAAGAAAAGGAAAACGGAAAGGAAAACGAAAAGGAAAACGGAAAGGAAGACGAAAAGGAAAACGGAAAGGAAGACGAAAAGGAAAACGGAAAGGAAGACGAAAAGGAAAACGGAAAGGAAGACGAAAAGGAAAACGGAAACUUGGCCAUGGAGAUAAAGGGACCCAACAAAAGCUACGAAACGGGUCAAUCAAAUAAUGAUGGUGACAACAUACAACAUUCUGACGCCGAUAAAAAUCUUCCUAUAAUGACUGCACAAAAUGAUGGCGCGAAAGACGUUGAAAAAGAAUGCGUCACUAAUAGCAAGAUGACACUAAAUUGGGGAGGAAAAAAACCUUGCGGUGGUACCCAAAAAAGGAAGGAAUACUCUCCAACCUUUGCAUCAUAUGGGUCUAAUUUUUUUAAAAACUCUUCUCCAAUUUUCUUAUUAAACAACAUAUUUUUAUGCCUCUUGGUUUGUUUUUUUGUUUUUUCUUUUUUACUAUUCCUUUUUAUGUUUAUCUUUACUUCGUGUAAUUUUUUUUCUACUUUUUUCUUCACCACUUUGUCAAUUGUAGCCUUCAUGUAUUACAUGUUUGUGUAUGUUCACAACACAGCAAAGAAUUAA